AUUUUCGGCCAUGUUGCUUUACUUCUGUUUAUUGUUUGCUGCUCCCCGCGUCCGUGCUGAAUUUUAUAUGAAAUAAUAGUGAAAUUAUGUAAAUAAUUAGUUGAUAAGCGCUGAAUAUACUAUUGUAGAUUAUCUUUAACUGUCUUAUGAUAACAAUUUUGCGAAUCGAAGCUAGGAAUUAUGUGAAAAUGGUAAAAUUUGAUUCGAUAUUUGCAAUGGCUUCCUCCGCGUCCCCCUGGUCUUUGUUCGAAAUGACAGGGGAUAUUGUUCUUUCGUGUUAUUCAAAACUUUACCCCUUUUGAAUUUUUUAACUUUUUUUUUUGAAUGGAACAUGAUUGUUUAGCUUUAUUAUUUUAUUUUCAUUAUGAAUACAAGUGAGAACAAUCCUUUAAAUAAUGGGACUCAUAAUUCUAACAACUCCGAGGUUGAGAGAUCGUUACCAUCUUCAACAAUACCCACUGACUUACGAGUCAACACCACAGCACUAAAUACUGUUGCUUUGAGCGCUAGUGUGGCCAAGUAUUGGGUAUUGACUAAUCUUCUAACUGCUCCUAUACCCCAGGUUUCAGUUUAUGGCACAUUAGGAAGAGAUGGACAAAAAUUAAGCCAGGAAGCCAUGUUGUCUCAACACGGGCUCAUGCCAACAGAGCCUCUAUUAUUACCUCAACACUCACAAAUCCCAGUCAGUAUUUCCACAUCUCAGGGUGUUACCAAUUUGGCCCUUCCAGCUGGUAAUAUGCAUUUAGACAGUCAACAUAAUCAUACGUCACUAUCCCACCACUCCCAGCAGCAGCAGCAGCAGUCUGAGAAUAUGUCAAACCAGCAAAAUCAAAUUAGAGAGAUGUCUCAACAUCCGACUCAUUCUUCCCACACUCAACAUUCACAGCAGCAAAACAUGGUACAAGUUCAGGUUCAAGAUAAUUUGGUGUCUGUUAUAGAAGAUAACAAAGAACACAAGGAAGCGAUAGCAAAUCAUAUCGCCCAGGCGCAUGCCCACGCGCAAGCGCAACUCCACAUCAACGAAAAUCAUCAUAUAAACCACCAGGCGCUUACUGUACAACAAUUACAGCAUCAAGUUCAACAAGUUUUAGAUAACGUGGUACGUCUAGAAAAUUCUGUUGAGAACAAUCAAAAUCAUUCCAAUAACGAUGUCCAUAUGAAUGAAAAUCUUCAUAUAGUGAAAGACGAAAAGAACCAAUCGCAGCAGCAGAACUGCAACAAAGUGUUGCCUCCUCAAUUUGGACUUCAUAACCUAAAAGAAAACCUCAUGGAUGUAAGAACUCCAGAUGGAUCAAUUUUGAAGAUAUCCGCCAAUGUUCAGGAGCAAGAAUUAGUGAAAACAUUGGGUGUUGAGAUGGUACAAAACAUGUACAAGGUUAACGUAGACGAUUUGAACCAACUACUUGCAUAUCAUGAAGUUUUUGGAAAACUACAGGGUGAGCUAUCGACAGGUAAUGCUCAAGGGAUAAUACAAAGCACGGGGACCAAUGUGGGGAUGCAGAAUCAGGCCUCUAAUGUACCUGUUCAAACCAAGGAUGAACAGGAAGCCUCAACAAGUAAUAACAUCGAAAACGCACCAAGUAUCAUCAAUAGUAGUAAUGUUUGUGAUUUGUGUGGAAAGAUGUUUCAAUUCAGAUAUCAAUUGAUUGUACAUAGGCGUUAUCACACUGAGAGGAAACCUUUCACCUGCCAAGUAUGCGGUAAGGCUUUUUCGAAUGCUCAGGAGCUAACAAGACAUGGCAAGUGUCAUUUGGGCGGUAGCAUGUUCACAUGUUCCGUUUGUUUUCAUGUGUUCGCCAACAAUCAAUCUCUUGAACGCCAUAUGAAAAGGCAUUCUACUGAUAAACCCUACAACUGUUCGAUUUGUGGAAAAUCGUUCGCAAGGAAGGAGCAUUUAGAGAAUCAUACAAGGUGCCAUACCGGUGAAACUCCCUAUCGAUGCCAAUUUUGUGCUAAAACAUUCACGAGAAAAGAGCAUAUGGUGAAUCACGUUAGAAAGCAUACAGGCGAAACACCCCAUAGGUGUGAGAUAUGCAAGAAAUCUUUCACGAGAAAGGAACACUUUAUGAACCACGUUAUGUGGCAUACCGGAGAAACCCCACACCAGUGCAGUAUAUGCAAUAAGAAGUACACUAGAAAAGAGCAUCUGGCCAAUCACAUGAGGUCUCAUACGAACGACACUCCAUUCAGAUGUGAAAUAUGUGGGAAGUCAUUCACUCGGAAGGAGCACUUUACGAAUCACAUCAUGUGGCACACCGGGGAAACUCCUCACCGAUGCGAUUUCUGUUCGAAGACUUUCACCAGAAAGGAGCACCUUCUGAACCACGUUAGACAACAUACAGGUGAAUCUCCUCAUCGUUGUGGCUUCUGUUCGAAAUCUUUCACCAGAAAGGAACAUCUCAUUAAUCACGUCAGGCAACACACUGGUGAAACACCCUUCAGGUGUAGCUAUUGUCCGAAAGCCUUCACAAGGAAGGAUCAUCUGGUGAAUCACGUUAGGCAACAUACGGGGGAAUCCCCUCAUAAAUGUACUUUCUGCACCAAAUCUUUUACCAGAAAAGAACAUCUGAACAAUCACGUCAGGCAGCAUACAGGUGAAUCACCUCAUAGGUGUCACUUUUGUUCCAAAUCUUUCACGAGGAAAGAGCAUCUAACCAAUCACGUGAGGAUUCAUACAGGGGAGUCUCCUCAUCGUUGCGAGUUCUGUCAGAAGACAUUUACCAGAAAGGAACAUUUAACGAACCAUCUUCGACAACAUACUGGAGAAACUCCCCAUUGUUGCAAUGUAUGCUCCAAACCCUUCACAAGAAAAGAACAUCUCAUUAAUCAUAUGCGAUCUCAUACAGGAGAGAGGCCUUUUGCCUGUGGUGAGUGUGGAAAAUCCUUCCCGUUGAAGGGUAAUCUACUGUUCCAUCAAAGGUCGCAUAACAAGGGUGCUCAGGCCGACAGACCGUUCCGUUGUGAUCUGUGCGAUAAGGAUUUCAUGUGCAAAGGACACUUAGUUUCUCACCGUAGAUCACAUAGUGUUGAAAGGCCGCAUGUGUGUCCCGAUUGUGGAAAAACGUUUGUCGAGAAGGGUAACAUGAUGAGACAUCUACGCAAACAUGCUUCCGAUAAUGCUCAGCUCAAUUCAUCCCAAUCCUUGAACCCCCAGUCUCAAGGCCAGUCUACCAAUCUUCAGAUACCGCAAGUUGGUCAGCCUACUAGCCCGCCAUCUGGUGGAACAAUUGUCUCACAACAACAACAGCAGGGACCCCCACCACAACAUCUGACGAUGCAUGCUCCGCCUCCACCUGGAAGCCACCCAGUCUUAGUGCCUGCACCCAACGGUAAUGUCCUGGCCUCCUAUUAACAUUACUCGUACUAUUGUCUCUAAAUUUUCCGAAAAUUUUUAUUGGACAUUAGUUCUUUCGGCUAGACUUUGCUGAAAGGACAGUGAUUGAUUUUGUCUAUAAUUUUUUUUACAUGCAGUUAUUCAUGUAAAAUCAAUUGGCACCUGUCUCAGUUCCUGUGAGCUCUAGUUUGGGAUAUAUCGAUUUUCGAAAAUAGAAUUUUCUUCUUCCUCCUUCAAAUAUGACCUCAGCUACUCAGGCCAUUCAAGCAAACUUUAUAUUUAACAAAAUGAGCAUGCUACUGA